AUGUCUUUCCGGCUUCCUAGUGGAUCGAGGCGGAUCUGCUCGCGAGCUGGGUCUGUCAGGCUGUCUGGUGGAGGAACCAGCUUUGCAGCUGGGAAUGUGUGGGGCGGGUCAGGGGCGGACAGCAGCUUUCCUUCCACUGUCGGGUGCAUUUCUGCUGGGGGUGGCGGGUCCAGAAGCGCCAUCUCUGCUGGCUUUCUUGCAAAUGACUACGGCCUCCUCUCCGGCAACGAGAAGGUCACUAUGCAGAACCUCAACGACCGCUUGGCAUCCUACCUAGACCAUGUGCGAGCCCUGGAGGAGGAAAACGCCUAUCUAGAGCAGAAGAUCAACAGCUGGUGCGAGAAAUACGGGCCUGGCUGUUCCCGCGGGCUUGACCAUGACUAUAGCAGAUACUUCCCAGUCAUUGAAGAUCUGAAAAGCCAGAUCAUUUCUGCAACCACCAACAAUGCCAGCAUUGUUCUACAAAAUGACAAUGCCAGACUGACAGCCGACGACUUCAGGCUGAAGUACGAGAACGAGCUGGCUCUGCACCAGAGCGUGGAGGCCGACACCAACGGCCUCCGCAGGGUGCUGGACGAGCUGACCCUCAGCGCCGCGGACCUGGAGACCCAGUGCGAGACCCUCGGCGAGGAGCUGGCGUAUCUCAAAGCAAACCACCAGGAGGAAAUGCGAGUCCUGCAAAGUGCCUCAGGGGGGACCGUGAGCGUGGAGAUGGCCGCAGCCCCGGGCGUGGACCUGACCCUCCUGCUGAACAACAUGAGGGCUGAGUACGAGCACCUGGCCGAGGAGAACCGCAGAGACGCCGAGGCCAGGUUCAACGAGAAGAGUGCGCUGCUGCAGCAACAGAUUUCCGAUGAUGUGGGGGCAGCCGCCGCGGCCAGAAGUGAGCUGACGGAGCUGAAGCGCAGCCUGCAAACCCUGGAGAUAGAACUGCAGUCCCUCCUGGCUGUGAAAGAGUCCUACGAGAGCUCCUUGGCGGAGAUGGAAGGAAAUUACUGCCUCCAGCUCCAGCAAAUCCAGGAUCAGAUCCGGGCCAUGGAGGAGCAGCUGCAGCAGAUCCGGACGGAAACCGCCGGCCAGAAGCUGGCGCACGAGCAGCUGCUCGACAUCAAAGUCUUCUUAGAGAAGGAGAUCGAGACGUACUGCACCUUACUUGACGGCCAAGACAGAAGAGGCCUUUCCACAUGUCCCAGAUCAAAAGGCUGCAGGGUGGUGAAGUCUGGAAACGCAGUGAAAGACUCCACGGAAGAAACUGUUGUGAAAACUGUGGUUGAGGAACUGGAUCAGCUUGGCAAUGUCCUUUCACUGAUCAUACACUCAGUGGAAGAGAAAUCCUCUAAAGUCAGCAACAUCACAGUGGAGCAACGAGUACCUUCGAAAACUGCAUAGUGAAGAACGGGUCAUGAAUGGCAACGAAAAGAAAGCCUGCCUUCCCAAAAUCCCACUCAUCCAGCCACCUAAGGGGGGGGGGGGGUUCAUUUCUGCCCAUAUUCUUUGCAUAGAAUCCGUUUCAGGGGAAGAAACUAGCUUGCUCUGUCCCUAGUUCCUACUUUCAUUUCGGGGGCCUUGUUUGUCAUUUCAUUAACAUUCUUCUGUUUCAAGCUAUUUGUUAUCAGCCUGGUUCUUCCUUCCUUUCCACAGCUGAUGCCACAGUGACAAUACUGAGGACGUGCUAAUAAACUACUAU